AUGGGCAAGUUUGCGACGGACCCGUCGCUGGCGAUGAAGAUGCACCAGUACCAGAUCGUCGGGCGUGCCGCGCCCACGCCGAAGAACCCCACGCCCAAGAUCUACCGCAUGAGGAUGUUCGCCAAGAACAAGGUCCUGGCCAAGUCCAGAUUCUGGUACUUCAUGAAGAAGCUGAACAAGGCCAAGAAGAGCGGGGGCGAGCUGCUGGCGGUGAACGAGCUUUUCGACCGCGGGCCCACGAAGGUGAAGAACUACGGCGUGUGGCUGCGCUACGAGAGCCGCACCGACACCCACAACAUGUACAAGGAGUUCCGCGACAUCACCAUCAACGGUGCGAUCAGCCAGCUGUACCAGGAGAUGGCCGGCCGCCACCGCGCGCAGGCGGGCUCGAUCCAGAUCAUCCACGCCACGGCGAUCCCCGCGAGCGCGUGCAGGAGAGACCACGUGACCGAGAUGCACGACUCGGGGCUCAAGUACCCGGUGAUCACGAAGCUGCCUUUGGUCGCCAAAAAGCUCCGCACCACCUUCAAGGCGAGCAGGCUGGGCUGGCUCGCGCUGCUGGCGGGCACCUCCCUGCUGCAGGGCAGCGACCGGCUGCAGCGCGUCCUGGCGCGGGUCGAGACGGUCCUGGAGGUGUCCUUCCCGUACGUCUUCUUCGUCCUUCUCGCGGCACUAGGCCUCACCCACCUCGUGACGGACAAGCCGCAGAGGGUCUCCGACGGCGACGUCGCCUGGUUCUGGGCCGUCGGCGUCGCCUCGGCGGCCCUCGUGGCGGCGGAGACCUGGUGCACCCUGGAGGCCCUGACCCCGCUGCGCGCCUGGCUGCAGCGGCGCCGCGACGCGCGCGCCGCCGGCGCUGGCGCCGAGGGCAGCUCGCAGAGGCUCGACACCGAGCUGCUCUCCGUGGAGGGAGGCGAGGCGAGCGGGCGCACGGAGCAGGAGGAGGAGGAGCAGCGGAAGAAGGAGAAAGAGGAUGCCGAGCGGCGGCCCACGAUAAGGAAGCUCUUGAUGCUCGUGCGGCCAGACUGGCCCCUGGUGAUCCAGGCGUGCGUCCUGCUGAUCUGCGCGGCCGUCUCCGAGGUGCUGAUCCCGCACUUCAUAGGGGAGACCGUCAGCGUGAUCAUCACGGCGGGGGAGAAGGGCACGCUGGCCAGCAGGCCGUUCAAGGGCCCUGUCGUCAAGCUGCUGAUCGCGGCAGCCUGCUGCAGUGUCUUCUCUGCAUGCCGGGGCGCCACCUUUAUACUUCUGGGCAGCCGCGCUUCCGUGCGCCUGCGCCAGAGAUUGUUCGACUCGCUCGCAAAGCAGGACAUAUCCUUUUUCGAUUCCUCGAAGACCGGAGAGCUGACGUCGCGGAUGACUCAGGAUUGCCAGAAGGUGGCAGACCAAGUCACGCUGAACGUGAAUGUCUUCUUGCGGACCAUGGUACAGAUCGUCACCACUCUGGUCUUCAUGUUCCACCUGUCGGCCCAGCUGACCUGGGUUGCGUUCGUGUCCGUGCCAGCCAUCAUAGCCAUCUCGAAAAAGUACGGCAAAGUGAUGCAGACGUUGAGCAAGGAGUCGCAGAAGGCGCUGGCGGAAGCGAACGCCGUGGCAGAGGAGUGUCUGUCUUCGAUGCCCACUGUGCGGAGCUUCGCCGCGGAGCCCUUCGAAUCGCAGCGUUUUGGCGACAAGCUCGGCGACUACUACAAGCUGAUGCGAAGGCAGGCCGCCUUCUACAUCGUGUACUUGAGCCUCACCCUGAUGCUCCCGAACGGCGUGGCGGCACUGGUGCUCUUCUACGGUGGCAAGCUUGCAAUGGAGGGCCACCCCACGAGCGUGCUGCUCUCCUUCGUGCUCUACCUGCAGACCCUGAACUCGGCCUUCUCCACCCUGGGGGACUUCUACUCCAGCAUGGUGCAGGCCCUCGGCGCCGCCACGCGGGUCUUCGAGCUGAUCGGCCAGGUGCCAGAGCUCGCGCUGGACCCGCCCGAGGGCGGCGCCGUGGACUCCCCGGGCAGGGGCGCGGUGCGGCUCGAGGACGUCCGCUUCUCCUACGAGAAGGGGCCGGGCACCGACGUCCUGAGGGGGCUCACCCUGGACGUGCCCGCGGGGAACGUCGUGGCCCUGGUGGGGCCCUCGGGCAAUGGCAAGACCACGGUGAUCGCGCUGCUGAAGCGACUGUACCGGGCACGCGAGGGCCGAGUGACCAUCGACGGCGAGGACGUUUGGAAUUUCAAGCACCGGGAGUAUCACCGGGUCGUCUCCAUCGUCGGACAGGAGCCCGUUCUCUUCGCCCGGACCAUCCGCGAGAACAUCCUCUUCGGCCUCGAGAACCCAGGCCAGCCGUCACAGGCGGACGACGAGGCCGUGUUCAAGGCCACCAAGCGGGCCAACGCCCACGAUUUCAUCGUUGGCAUGACAAAGGGCUACGACGCCGACAUAUCCCAGCGGGGCGUCAAGCUGUCUGGGGGGCAGAAGCAGCGCAUCGCCAUCGCCCGGGCGCUGGUGCGGAGGCCGAAGGUCUUGCUACUGGACGAGGCCACCAGCGCCCUGGACGCGGAGUCCGAGAGGCAGGUGCAGUCGGCAAUCGAUACGAUGAUCUCGGAAGGCCAGGUAACGGUGAUCCUGAUCGCGCAUCGCCUUAGCACCGUUAAGAACAGCCACAAGAUCUGCGUCGUGCAGGGCGGGAAGGUGGUCGAGGAGGGCCCCCACGACGAGCUCAUCGCGAAGGGAAGUGCCUACUUCAAGCUCGUGCAGUGCCAGCUGAGUGCUGCUCCUGCGCAGCAUUCCCACCUCGAUGGUGAGCACUUCGCCGAGGCCAGUGACAGCGCAACUGGCGCUUAG